AUGUACGACAAGGUUGUCUCUCUGGGCUCGCGCCUGCACUAUCCCAUCGUCAUCACCAAGCUCCUCAAGAAGCCGGGCGAGCCGAUCAAGAAGCAGGAGACGAUCAUAGAAUACAAGUUCCACUGGCGACGCAAGAUUGGCGACGAUGAGUGGGUGGACGAGACUACGUAUACCGAGUUCGACAGCCCGGCCGAGGGCACGCUGAAGGAGUGGCGCAUCGAGGAGGGCCAGACGAUAGCGGCCGACAUGCCGUGCAUGACCGUCGAGGAAGCCUGCGGGCACGAGGUGCAGAUCCAGGGCCUCUGCAGCCUUUGCGGCGCAGACAUGACGGAGAUCAACUGGGCCAGCGAAGAGAAGGACACGGAUCGGGCCAUGAUUAACAUGGUGCACGACCAGACGGGACUGAUGGUGAGCCAGAACGUGGCCAAGCGGGCGGAACACGACACGCAGAAGCGCCUGUUGCGCCAGCGGAAGCUGAGUCUGGUGGUCGACCUGGACCAGACCAUUAUCCACGCGUGCAUAGAGCCGACUAUCGGGGAGUGGCAGCGCGAUCCGACGAAUCCCAACCACGAGGCCGUCAAGGACGUCAAGAGCUUCCAGCUCAACGACGACGGGCCCAGAGGCCUGGCCAGCGGGUGUACCUACUACAUCAAGCUGCGGCCGGGCCUGAAAGAGUUCUUGGAAGCCGUCUCUACAAAGUAUGAGCUACACGUGUAUACCAUGGGAACCCGCGCGUACGCCCUCAACAUUGCGCGCAUUGUGGACCCCGACAAGAAGCUCUUUGGAAAUCGCGUCAUCAGCCGCGAUGAGAAUGGAAGCAUCACGGCAAAGAGCUUGCAGAGAUUGUUCCCGGUCAGUACCGACAUGGUCGUCAUUAUUGACGAUCGCGCCGACGUCUGGCCCAUGAACCGGCCGAACCUGAUCAAGGUCGCACCGUACGACUUCUUCAAAGGCAUAGGGGAUAUCAACUCUAGCUUUCUGCCCAAGAGGCAGGACAUCCUGCCGUCUCCAACAAAACCGAACGGUCUGAUGCCAAACCCCGAAAAUGCCGUGCCAGGAGAAAAGGUCUCACCACUAGAUGAGCUCGCUCGCAUGGGAGGCGGCGACGAGGCCAGUCUCAAGGUUCAGACGCAGGAACAGGAGAAGACAUUGGAGAAGCAGCUGACCGACCGCCCAUUGCUGCAUAUGCAAGAGGAGCUGGAUAAGGAGGAUUCGGAAGCUGACGGAUCAUCAACAUUACACCACAGAGCGCAUCUUUUGAAUGACGAUGACGAAGAGCUCGUUACCCUGCAAGACCACUUGACUGAUCUCCAUGCUGCGUUCUACGACAUGUACGACCGGAGACGGGCAGAGAGGAAAAUGUCGGAGGGGACACAUCCGCCCGGGCAUAUGAAGGCGCGGAGGAAAUCUCAGCCUGAUGAUGGGGUGGAUCUGUCGCUUGUCCCAGACGUGGGCGAUAUCCUGGACGAGCUCAAGUCCAGCGUUCUGUCGGGCCUCGUCAUUUGUUUGUCAGGACUCGUGCCGUUGGGAGUGAACAUCGAAGAGUCUGAAAUUGGAAUGCAGGCGCAAAGCUUUGGAGCCCAGGUCGUUGAUACCAUCUCGCCCAGGGUCACGCAUCUUGUGGUUUCUCUGGCGCGGCCGCGCACGAAAAAGGUGCAGCAGGCGGCUAAGAUCCCUAGUAUCAAGAUUGUGAACCAGAGUUGGCUGGCAGAUUGCCUUAGCCAAUGGCGUAGGCUGGACGAAAGCCCGUAUUACAUGCCCAUCCUUGAUGCGGACCGCGAGAGGUCAGAGGACGACACUGCGGAAACCAGCGCGGCGGAAAUGGAAGACGCCGGCAUCUCCUCUAUGAACAUGGGCGAUUUUGAUGAGGAGCUCAAGGAGUUUCUGGGCUUAGACGAUGACGAUGACGACGACGACGAUAACGACACCGAGAACGAUGAUGGCAAUGACGAAGGAGAUGAAGAAGCGGAUGAGGACGAGGAUGGGGAGAACGACAGCGAGACCACAGAUGGCGAGGGCGACGACUCCGACGACCCGGAGAAACGGGGCACAAAGCGCAAGGACAGAGAAUCAACCAUGGAGUCUGAGGAAGACGCGUCAAAUCCAGUGGGCGAGAGUGCGCUGGCGAAGAAGCAGCGGGUAUCACGAAAUCGGGGGGCCUCCUCGUUGCGAGCUGUACAAACGCCGAACGGCGAGGCUGCUGGCCCCAGUAGCGAUGCAGCUCCCCCGCCUCCAAGCACAGAGGUAGACAGCUUGGCGGAGUUUGAUGAGCUGGAGCGGGAACUGCUGCUGGGUCUCGAGGCCGCGGGCAGUUAG